GUGGGAUCAAUGUAAAAUGGCAGAGGAGACAGCUUGUUGGAGGCUACAGCAGCGGCCAGGCUGAUAAUACCGCCUCCACGCACGUUCAACACAAAUUUAUAGAGUGCGAGUGAUGCAAAUACACCGCAGAGCCAACCAUGGCCAGCCAGUUUAGAAAUGAGAUCCUGAAGAUAUCCGUUGGGCAGAUCUGCCAGACUAUAGGUUUCCAGGGAGUGUACUCGACGCCCCUCGAUGUUCUUUGUGACCUUCUGCAUCGUUAUAUGACGGAGGUGUGUCGCCUGACACACCGUCACACUGAGCACUUUGGUCGUACAGAGCCCAAUCUUGAUGACCUGGGCUUGGCAUUCCACGACAUGGGGAUAUCUGUGCCUGAACUUGAAGAAUACAUCAACAACGUAGACUGCCCCGCAUUCCCCCAUUUACUCCCAUCUCUGCCAGUGCCACGGACAUCUAACCUCAAUUUCCUCAAGCCAGGCUCUAGGGAGUUACUGUCUCGGCCAAUCCACAUCCACGAGCACUUGCCACCCAUGUAUCCAGAGAAAGAGGAAGAAGAACUGGAUGUGAAGGUGAAUUCUAACCUUAAUGAAGCCAUGGGUGAGAACUCCUCUCCUACGCCCUCCCCUCAGCCAGCUGUCAAGCGAUCCUCAGAUAGUGAUGCAUCUCCAGCAAAGAAGGCAAAGUAUUCCUUAGAGGAUGAGGGUCAGCCAGUGAGGGAGAUUGUGAGUGUGAUGAUGACUACUUCUGGUUUUAUCUCCUCUGCUCGAGAAGGAAAAUUACCGGAGGCACGAUGUCCAAAUAUUCCCAUGGCAACCCCCCGCAGCUCUUCUCCUUCUGUAGCUGGUGUGGCUGGAAAGAAGAAAUUGAAUGUGGAGAAAUUGAUAAGGCAAAAGAAUAAUCAGGGAGGGACAGGAAGACCAAUGCCAAACAAGCCUCCACGACCACUGAAGAUUAAAGCUAAAGACAAAUCUAUCAGCAAAGGCUUAAAGAUCCCAAAGGUGCCACAAGCCAGACCACCACUACCACACCAUCCACCAGGACAUCCUACUACACCAGGAGCAAUGCCAGUGCCACCCAAACUGAAGAUGCCUAUGCCCAAACUUGCCGUGCCUAAGUUUCCCAACCCCAAACCUCCAACUCCAAAGACUCCCACAUCUAAAGCAACCCCUCCCAAAUCAUCUCCUCCAAAGAUGUCUACACCCAAAAUCUCAAUGCCUAAGUCUUCAACCCCCAAAAUAAAAGUUCCAAAACCUCCUAAAAUUCCAAAAUCAGAAACCAAGAAGCCUUCUACCCCAAAGACCAAAGAACCAGGAAAGGAGGGUGAGACCAAGAAAAUAAAGAAAGAAAAAGAACCAGGGAAAAAACCUAAAGAAAGUAAAAAAGAGAAGGAUCCAACAAAAAAGAACAAAGAGCCUAAAGAAGCAAAGGAACCCAAGGAGAACAAAGAGACCAAAAAGGAUAAAGAUAGUAAGAAAGAGAAGGAAUCUAAAAAAGAGAAAGAAAUCAAGAAGGAAAAAGAAAAUAAGAAGGAGAAGGAAAGAGAACGAGAACUGAUCUUGGCUUUGGCGUCUUCUUCAGCUGUCACUGUAACUUCAAUACCAGCUCCUAGUAAAUCACAGGACAUACCAGUACAAGACAAGGCUGAAGGUAAAUCAAAAUUGAGUAUAUUCAAGAAAAUCAACAAAACUAAAGACAUGAAGGACCAGGAUCGUCCAGGAGAGCGUGAUGCCCAGCAGUCUCGAGAUAGUUCUCCAGAUCUCAUGAUAGACGAAACUCCUGCUCGAUUAGGGCAGCGUCGACCUCCUGAAGAGCUGACUAUAAUCGAUAACCCAAUUCGUCGGUUAGAUACCCCAAUGGAUGAUAUGGUAAGAUCGCCUGAAGACUUUCCUUCAUACCACGAUGACAUGUCACCUCCAGGCACUCCGUCAACUCCCAGAACUCCAGAAAUACCACAUAUGCCCAUCCGUAAAAUUUCAGAAAAACGCAAGGGCAAAGAAAAGACUAAGGAAAAAAGACCAAGGAAAGAUCGUUCCAAAUCACCCAAGUGUGGAUUCAGUCCUGGUCAUCGAGAAAUGUGUGAAUUUGAGACUCCUGAGCGGCCCAAAACUCCAGAACUUGGUUUACCCAUAGGGAGUCUUUUGGGUCCUUCUACUGCCCCCUUCUCACUUCCAGCUUUUCCUACUGCCCCAGGAUUUAUUCCACCCUUCUCUAGGUUUCCUUUCAUUCCUCCAUUCGGUGGACCACCACCUCGCCCAGGUCUACCUCAUCCACCCAUGCCAGACCUCCGAUUACCCCCACAUCCUUUCCUUCCAAGACCUCCCAUAAAACGUCAGCUGGACGAUGACCAUUUGUUGUCCUUAGAUGAAGCUGAAAAUCUUGAACGUCCCUUAACCCCAAGACAUGCUCGUGAUUCCAGCCCAUUGCCUGUAACCAGUCAUCCAUCUCCUCUGCGGUCACCCUCUCCUGCUCAACUGUCGGCAACUCCUCCUCGUCCUCGGACCCCUGCUCAUCAUUCUCCCCCACCUCCAAUGCCUAAAAUGAAAAUAGAAAAAUUUGAAAAAACUGACAAAGAAAAGAAGAAAGAGCACAAAAAGGAAAAGAAAGAAAAGGAGAAGGAGAAAGAAAAGGAAAAAGUUAAGAAAAAAAAAGACAAGAAGGAUAAAGAAAAAGAAAAGGAGAAGUCUGAUAAAAAGAAGGAAAAGACAAAGCUUGAUAAAAAAGAGAAGAAAAUCAAGAAGGAGAGGGAUGAUGGCGCCAGUGUUCCACGAAUCAUGAUGAAGUUAGCAUCAACUUCAGGAAGCUCGCCUCCACGUCCGGCUGCUCCACGCCCUGUGGAUACUACUGCUAUGCCCAAACUUCACACAACAACUGGUAUUGGAAUAUUGCCAGUAGUAGGAGCUUCUCAUUUUUUAAACGUCAAAGUGAUCAAGCCUGUUGUAAAACGCGAAGAAGAAACGCCAGCUACCAAGCCCGCGUCCGUCCCAUCAGGUACCCACGAUGACCAGCCUGGCUCACCUGAGAUUGCCAAGUUCUCUGCCCUUAUAACAAGACCUCCACGUAGCCAACAGAAAAAGGGAGAGUCCCCACCAGUUGUGCCUGUUUUGAAGAUUAAAGAUGUCCAGAAUACAACCACCAAGCAAAAAGAAGGCAAGGAACCCAGUCACUCCCAGACCAAAGCCAAAGACACAAAAGAGGUGCCACCUCUCAAAAUUAAGACUCCGUCAACAACUCCAUCUAAGCCACCGCCAACACCCAAACCUGUGACAAAACCUCCGAGCACUCCAAAACAGCCGCCUGCACCUAAGCUGCCCACCACACCGAAGCCUUUGAGCAUGCCCAAGCCUUCACCCAUGCCCAAGCCUUCGCCCGUGCCCAAGCCUUCACCUGUACCCAAGCCUUCACCCAUGCCCAAGCCUUCACCUAUUCCCAAGCCUUCCCCAGUACCCAAGCCUUCACCCUUGCCCAAGCCUCCACCAAUGCCCAAGCCUCCGGAGGAAAAGAAGUCACCAGGAAGUAAAAAAGUGCGUGAAAAGAAGGAAAAGAAAGAGAAGAAACCAAAAGAGCAAGCCCAGCCCACUCCCAUGCCAACUGCUGUGACACCAGUACUCAGCAGUCCCACAGCAGGAAUGGUUGGAGGAAGUAGUACUGAUUUAUCCUUCCCUCCCCAAGUGGUUCCUACAUCGGUACCUGUAGUCUCCCCACCACCAGAUACACCCAAGACUAGUAAAAAACAAGAGCAAAAAAGUACGGGGCUCCUCACAGAGACGGUUGGGCCAAUUGGUCACUUUGUGGAUGACCAGGGUAAUGAAGUUUGGAUAUGUCCCACUUGUGGUAAACAGGACGACGGUUCUCCCAUGAUUGGUUGCGAUACUUGUGAUGACUGGUACCACUGGGUUUGUGUAGGCAUUCAAGUCCCACCUAAUGAUGACGUGAACUGGUAUUGUCCGCGUUGCUUAUCACAACACAAACAGCGUGGUGCUCCCCCAGAAAAGAAAAAGCGAGGCCGCAAAAAGAAAUAGUAAUUUUUUCUUUCCUUUUAGAGGAAAGUUGUUGGAAUUAAUAGUUACCUGUGUAGCAUUAGUACUUGUUCAGAGUCUACCUAACUAAUGCAAGCAGUCAGCAGCAGAACUCAAUGUAAAUGUGAUAUUAUAUUAAGAUCUGUGCUGUCUUAUUGCUUUUUUCAUAUACAGUAAAUGGUUUUACAUAAUGUGCAUCUUUUCCAUGCUGCCACCGUGAGUUUUAAAGUUUGCAUUAAAAUACUUUAUCAUUAUUUCAAUAUGUUCUUUUCUUCCAGCAUGACAGUAUUUUUUAGCUGACAGAUUUUUUUUUUUCAGAUCUGCCCUUCAUUAUUCCUGUUACUUGGAAUUUACUCAUUGUCCUGUAUUUACAAUAUGCCAAGCAAGGUCGUGAUUCUUUCUGCCUCAAUCAAAUUUUUGGUCUGUUUCUCAUUCUUUUCUUUGCAACUGGACCAACCUCUAUUAUUAUCACAGUAUCAAACUUGAUAACUGUGUAGAUUAUGUAAUUGAAUCUAUAAAGGACUUUGUAUGCUAUGGCAUAAAAUUUUCUUUUAGAUUGACUUGUGUUCUUGAAAGCAUUGACACACUUCAUAAGUUCUUCAGCAGUUUUACCCACACAGGGUAAAGCUUUCAGUUUGUUAAAAAUAAUAUGAAUAUUAAUAAUUACCAAGUUAUAAAUUAAGGAGCCAAAUGUAAAAAUGUUUGAUUAAACUUCAGAAAAGGUUACUAUACUCUUAGUAAGAUAACAGCAAUCUAGAUAUGUACAUUUAUUUUUUCACAUAUACAUGUACUACUAUCUUUAGAAUAUUAUUGUCCCAUCCAUCAAAGCAAGCUUGGAAAUUUUUAAUUUGUCUUGUUAAUUUCUCAGUGUGUUUAUGGCCCAGUAUAUAAUUCUAAAGAAUUUGAGGCACUAGUAUUCUAGUUUAACUAGGCAAACUGAACACUAGAUGAUGCGUCAGAUAGUUAUCAGAUUUUUAAGUAGAAGUGUCUAGGUACAAACCAUAUCCGGUUGUCAAAUGUCAAAAAAAAAUGAAAGAUUUUGCCCAGUUUACAAGCAGACAUCACUGAAGAUAAGAAAAAAGUUUCUUUUGGUCUGCAUCAAGCCACUAAAUAAAAUUUACCACCUUUGUAGAUAUUGCAGGGGUACCUGCUGUGGUGGCAGACAUUGAAACAAAUUCUGUGAACAAUGAGUGAAGCUGAAACAAAUUCUGUGAACAAUGAGUGAAGCAAUUUUUGCAUUAUAUAAAUAUGUUAUAUUUUAUUUUCCAAUUGCUAAUUUUAAUUUGUAAUGUAUGACCAGUUAGAAGGCAGUAAACAAGAAGAAAAUGUGUUGCACAUUAAUAUGUUUUCCAAUAACAGUUCAUUAGAUGGUAACCAGUUGUGAUGACUAGUUAUCAGGACAUUAUCAAACAUUUGCCUCGUCAACCCAAACAAUGCUCUUCUCUGCAAUGUUAAGAGACCAUAGCUAUCCCCUUAGUUGGCUCUCUCUCAAAGCUAUCCAUCCUGCUUCUGGCCUUCACAAAUUAACAUGACUCUUAGUCUAAGAUUUGUGUCUGUUCCUGCUUGCCUUUCCUAGUACAUUGUCCAAUGCUCUAAUUUUAUAACACGCAUGAGCUGUGUUAAAUUUUGUGCCAAGGAGUAUAUUGGUUAUGACAGACAAUUUAGGAAAUAUAAAAAAUAAAAGGUUAAUAGCUCGGAUCAGAGUGAAAUUUUGUAAUUUAGAUAACAUAAUCGGCCUGAAACUGCUAGAGAAUUUUCAUCCAGAUUAAUCAGUAAAUUUUUAACCAGUAAUAUAAUCAUAAGGGUAUCAUUUAAGAGGUGGAACUAGGAGCUAGAACAUGACUUUUUCUCUACUGUCAUCUCUGUGCCCCCUUCCUCCUGGAUCAAGCUGUAUUAUUACACUGGUUCAGAUCUUAAUACAAUAAAGUGAAACAUUAAACUAGAAAGGGUCAUACAGCAGCUUCCACUCGUAGAAAUAUUUAAAAAUGUCUUUUCUCUUCUUUUUUAGAUCAUUUGCACAUCUGUUGUACAUCUACCUAAACAGUGGUCAUUAAUGUGCUAUUGAGUCACAGUUAAUGUGGUAAAAUUUAAGGAAACAGUUUUUAAGAGUAUGAAAGUAACUGUGUAACUGAGACUCUAUUUUGAAUGAUGUUUUGCUGUAUCAAGGUGUCAACACUUGGUCACUAUGCACAUUAUGUAGUUCUUCCUAACAUUACCUCAAAGCCUAAGGCUAAUUAUUUUGUAGUAAAUUCUCAAGUUUAUAUUUUUACUUGAAAGCAGAGAUGUUAAUUGUAUUGAUUCACCUUAGCCUUUUUUGUAACAGUUAUAACAUUGAUGGGAGAAUGCUGUUUCCUCAGUUAUGAACUCUUUAAGUUUAUAGCUCGAGCACUGGUAAAGAUUCUGGACAGUUAAUGACACACCACAUGGUGGGUGAAGUCACUGGUUGGAUUAGACUGCACCUUUUGAAAAGGGCUUAUUAACAUACUUGUGUUGAGUUUAUGUAACUAUUGAAGUUUAUUGUUGCCUCUUCUGGAAUUUGUUUACUAUAAUAACUUUGUAGAUAUUGUAAUAAAGGUAUAAAUACAUGUGAGAAAUAUAAAUUCUUAUGUAUUGAGAAAAGUAUAUAAAUACAUGUGAAAAAAAAAAAUUUUUCCUUCACAAAAUGUAUUUCACAUAAAAAAAAAUUAACACAAGCUGUCUCUUUCCAAGGUAGGUUGUAUUGCUAUGCAAGUUAAAUAACAUUUUGGGUGUACUAAUAGGAUCUUGAAAGAUGCUUCCUUUAGGGCAACACUUAAAGUGUUACCAUAAAGGCUUCUGGAGAAACAUUUUAAGAUGUUGUAAAAGACUUCCACAUUAAGAAACAAGUAAAAACUAAUUAUUAAUGUUUUUUGUUUUUCAGCACAUAGGCCGUCUCCCACCGAGGCAGGGCGACCCAAAAAAGAAACACUUUCACUAUUAUUCAACCACAAUCACUAUUUUGCAAAGACAGUAACUGUGUGUGAAUGAUAGUGAAAGUGUUCCUUUUUUGGGUCGCCCUGCCUCAGUGGGAGAUGGCUGACAUGUUAAAAAAAAAAAAUUAUGAAGUGCCAAACCUAGGGGUCAUACCCCUCAAGGGAGGUUGCUUGAUGACGGUGAGGGGCUCCUGAUUGAAAGAAUGGGCCUGUGCUUUCUUCGGAUCAACCAUUUCAAAUUUAGCACUGACUAUUAUUCCCUUGAAUCAAAUGUGAAUGCCUCCCAUUCUCCCAGGCACAAAAUGAUUCCUAUGGAUUUAGUGCCCCCCCCACCACAAAUAUAAUGUAGGGUAACCUUGAAAGAGGCAAUCUGUUUCCAUCCAAAGAAAGGGAUGUCAGGUCCAAUUUCUUGCAUUUUGAAUCUUUAACCAGCAUUUCAGCCACAUUCUGUUAGAUUGCCCACUUUAUCAACAAGCACGCAGAAUUUACCUCCGUCGUCAUCUUCGCUCCGCUGCGCUCUCUUUACCUUCCCUUCUUGCUGAUGGACCCACCUUUAAUCCGGACUCUCUCAUUGACUUUUUGACAACAACUGACUUACUUCACAAACUCUGAUACCUUCAGCCCUUUCUACCUCAAUCUCUUGCUACCCUCUACCCCCGCACUAUCCCCUGCCCCGCUGUUUUCUGUAACCUACUGAUCAUCCCUCCCCCCUUCUGCCGCCCAAUACCCUCGCUUCCUUCCCUACCCUGCAGCUCUGUAUAGCCCUUGCGCCUUAGCGCUUCUUUUUGAUUAUAAUAAUAAUAAUUAACCAGCAUCAAGGUGCCCUCCCAGAGGGGAUAUGCAGAACAAAGCUAGCCAAAUUCUUCAUAUACAAUACCAUCUUUGAAUGGUCAUGAUGACACGUGAAAGAGGCAAGCAAAUUUGAAAAAAAAUAUAAAAAGCAUUACCUUAGUACCCCUCGAGGGAGGUUCCUUGAUACUGGUGAAGGGCUCUUGAUCUAGGUAAUUGGAUCUGUGCUCCAGUUCCCUGAAUUGAGCCUGAAUACCUUCCAUCUCUCCCCCAACAUGCACUGUAUAAUCCUAUGGGUUUAGAGCUCUCCCAUAAUUAUAAUAAUAAUUACGUUAGUAAAACAAAAGUAGGAUGAGAUGCAUUUGAUGCUAUGAGUAAUUAUGAUUAAGAAAUAAUUGCAUAUAACAGGUACAGCCCCCUCAAGGAAGGUUCCUUGAUGUUGGUGAGGGGCUCUUGAUUUAGGGAAUUGGAUCUGUGCUCCAGUUCCCCAAAUUAAGCCUGAAUGCCUUCCACAUCCCUCCCCCCCCAGGCGCUGUAUAAUCCUCCGGGUUUAGCACUUCCCCCUUGAUUGUAAUAAUAAUAAUAACAGGUACAGUAUUGUUACAUGGCAGGUAAAAAUUAAUAGAAUAAAUAAAAGUAUGUUUUUAA